AUGCCACCAAAGAAGGUAAAAAAGACCCAGUUUGAGCCUAAAGAUUUGGUAUUGGCCAAAAUGCAUGGAUUUCCUGCGUGGCCAUCGUUUGUGAUGCCCGAAGACAUGGUACCGGAUGCAAUAUUGAAGGCAAAGAAGAAAACCACAAACUAUUGUGUCAUUUUUAUUCCUGAUGGAGAUUUCUACUGGAUGAGUGACAAGAACCUUGAACCCUUGUCGGAGGAAAAGUUGGACAAAAAAUUGGAAAAAAUUCCAAACAAGAACAAGCCGAAAAAGAAAGCUGGGGGAAGGACGCUUCAAGUUACUGAUGCACUUUUGGCGACGAAAGGAUUAGACUUUGACGAUUUCAUGGAGAGAUUAGACAAAGAUAGAAUUCAGGGAGAUGAGGAAGAUGAAGAAGUCGAAGGUUACGAGGACGAAGAGGAAUACGACGCAGAUGAAAUAAGUGAAUCAAAAAAACAAGACGGCGACGACGAAGAAGAAAAAGGAGAGGGAGAUUCAUUAGAGGAAGAUGAGAAUGCGUUGUCAGAUAGAAAUAGUAGAUCGAAAAGGAAGCGUUCUAUAUCUACCAACGGCAAGCGUAAAACUUUGAAGGCUUCCAAUACCACACCGACGGCGUCAUCACAGGCUGAAUACACGAACGGUCAUAAUAAGACUAAAGUAGAAGGAAGUCCGAAACUCACCGAAGAAGAAAAACAACACCAAUUAUGGCUUUGUCGGAUCAAAUUACAGCGAUCAUUAAUUCAAAGAAAUCAACCCGUUACCCCUGCAAACCCCAAACAGUUUCCACCUCCUACGGCCAACGAACUCCUGGUUGCUAGACUCAUAUUACACCGUUUAGUCGAGUUCCCCGUAAAUUUAGAAUUGCUCAAAAAAACCAAAAUCCAUAAAGUACUCAAAUGCAUAUUGAGGGACAAGGACCUCGAGUACCCUGACAGCUUCAAGUUGCACGAGAAGUGCGAAGAAUUGUUGGCGAAAUGGAACUCCAUUAUCGAAGAUUUAAAGGUAGAGAAGCUGAAAGAGCCUAAUCAGAGUUUGAACCAUAACCACUCGUCGUCUACCACGAGUGCGCUCACAGAUGUCAAGAACAGCGAGUCCAGACUCAGCAGUCUGGCGCCAGACGAAUCAGAAGUUUCAGCCCUCGAAAAUAUCACCACCGACUCCAUCAAAAAGGAACCUGCCAAUGGUAAUUCUGACUAUCGCCCUGAAAAUGACACCACCACGCAAUCUGAGCUCAAAGAUGAGCACAAAGAUUCUGAUGACAUUAAUGAGUCCAUCACCAACGAUGUAUCUGUGAUAAGCUGA